AUGUCAUUGUCUUCACAAAGCUUCUCUCACGCCGUUCCUCAACAAAACAUCUCACGCGAAAACAAAGAUGCCUCUUUCAAGGGUAAUUUAGUCUUUCCAGGUUGUUGA